AUGUCUGGAAAAGUACCAUCAUCAAAAUCUCAUGCCGCUAAGAAAACUGCUGGAAAAACUCUUGGAGUAAGAUACCGUAGGAAGAAGCGUGUUGAGUCAUUUUCACUUUACAUAUACAAGGUCUUGAAACAGGUGCACCCUGAAACUGGUGUGAGUAAGAAGAGCAUGAGCAUCAUGAACUCCUUUAUCAAUGAUGUAUUCGACCGUCUUGCACUUGAAGCUACUAGACUCAUUAGGUAUAAUAAGAAAAGCACACUUAGCUCUCGUGAAGUACAAACUGCUGUAAGACUUCUUCUACCAGGUGAACUUUCAAAACAUGCCGUAUCAGAAGGAACUAAAGCCGUUACUAAAUACACUACAUCUGGAGUCUAA